AUGGGGUGUAUGCUGGGGCAGCAUGACAAGUCCGGAAAAAGGGAAUGGACUAUCUAUUACUUAAGCAAGAAGUUCAUGACAUGUGAUAUGAACUACUUUUUGCUUGAAAGGACAUGUUGUGCCUUGGUGUGGGCAGCCCAUCAUCUAAUGCAGUACAUGCUGAGCUACAUCACUUGGUUGGUGUCUAAGAUGGACCCAAUCAAGUACAUAUUUGAAAAGCCCGGUCUCACUGAACGAAUCACUCGGUGGCAGGCGAUAAAGGGAAGCGCCUUGGCAGAUUACCUAGCUCAACAACCCAUCAAUGACUACCAACCUAUGCAUCCGGAGUUCCCGGACGAGGACAUCAUGACCUUGUUCGAGGAGGAGGUGGAGGAUGAAGAUAGGGACAAAUGGAUAGUGUGGUUAGACGGCGUGUCCAACGCACUUGGACUUGGGGCGGUUUUGCUUAUUCCUGACGAUCAAUGCAUACCCUUCACAACUAGGUUGGGUUUUGACUGCACGUACAACAUGGCCGAGUAUGAGGCGUGCGCCCUCGAGAUCCAAGCGGUAAUCGACUUCAAAGUCACAUUGCUCAAACUAUAUGGAGACUCGGCCUUGGUAAUCCACCAGUUGAGAGGAGAAUGUGAGAUUAGGGAUCAUAAAUUGAUACCCUACCAGGCAUACAUCAAGAAGCUGACAAAGUUCUUCGAUGACAUAUCCUUCCACCACAUUCCUAGAGAGGAGAAUCAAAUGGCCGAUGCACUUGCCACUCUAGCAUCCAUGUUUCAGCUGACCCUACAUAGGGACUUUCCAUACAUCAAAUUCAGAUGUCGCGGCAAGCCUGCACAUUGCUGCUUAAUAGAAGAAGAGCAAGAUGGUAAACCCUAG